CGAUUCGCAUUUGCAUUGAUUAUCAAAAAUUGAAUGACAUCACGAUCAUGGAUGUGUACCCCCUCCCUCGGAUUGAUGAUCUGCUCGAUGCGAUUGGCUGUGCGAAUUAUUUUAGUAAAUUUGAUAUUCGACACGGGUUCUACCAUAUCCUUGUGAGGGAAGAGGAUCGGCCGAAGACGGCGUUUGUCUUGUUUGAGGGCACAUGGCAGUCGGUUCGAUGCCCUAUGGGUAUAUGCAAUGUGUCGGUGACUUUCCAGCGGGCAAUGAAUGUCACUUUCCAGAACUUCGUAAACAAGACCAGGUUAACUCAGGGCAUGAUCAAUUUUUGCGUUAUCGUGUACAUGGACGAUAUUUUGGUGUAUUCUGAAUCAUUCCAUGGACACGCGCAACAUAUUGAAUGGACACUUGGCGCACUGCGGGACGCCGGUUUCAAGAUUGCGUUGGAGACAAGCGAAUUCUUCCUGUCCGAGAUCUCGUUCCUGGGAUACGUGGUAACCCGAGGAGGCUUGAAACCGGAUUCGAGGAAGGUCGAGGUUGUUCGGGAAGCACCCAUGCCCACGUCAUUGACGCAGGUUCGAGCCUUCCUGGGACUGGCCUUGUACUAUCGACGGUUUAUCAAGGGCUUUGCGGCAAUCACUCGGCCCCUGACGAACCUCCUGCGGAAGGACCAGCCGCUGAACUGGGACGCGGAGCGUGAUGACGACAACGCUUGUUACCCAUCGCACAGCUACCUGGAUCCCGGGACGAUUGCGGACGCUCUCUUCAACUCGGUGAGCGGGGGAGAAGAGGAAGGAGAAGAGGAAGAGGAGGAGGAAGAGGAGGAGGAGGAAGAAGACGAGGAGGAGACCUCUGAAGAGGACGAGGAUUAUAGUGAGCAUAGCGAGCAUGAGGCGGGGGUGAUGAGCGAAGAAGAAGAAGAAAAAGAAGAAGAAGAAGAAGAAGAAGAAGAAGAAGAAGAAGAAGAAGAAGUUGAAGAGCAAGAAGUGGCCGGAGAAGAAGUGGUCGGAGAAGAAGCGGUCGGAGAAGAGGAGGCGGUGCAGGUGGAAGCCCAGGAGGAGGAUCCAGAAGCAGAGCGGCGCAGGGCGGCCAUCGCGGAGGGAAAGCGGCCAUUGGAGCUGUCGGUGGGAGUCGAUCUGCCUGUUCCGGACGACCCGACUAAAGAUCCCGAGCCGCCAGCCAAGGAAGAUAAGCACCCUCGUGCAAAGACUUCUGGCACGGCGACGCGCAGGCGAUCCCGCUCCCCCUCCCCUUCCCCCCGUCCCUCAGUUCGAGCUCGUGGCAAUUCGGGACAUCGGGCUACGUCCCCAUUCCCUAUCCCGUCGUCCCCUUGAUUAACUCACCUUCCGACAGAUCGAUACUCCGCGCUCUUUCCCCU